CGUGGGGCAGCAAAGGAGCAUGCUCAAUAGAAAGAGACCAAAAACAUGGAGGGAUCAACUUUGCAGUUCCCAACACAAGUCAAGUGUGCUCCUACUGCUGUUGGACUUAGAAGAAAGAAUAUAUACAUUGGUGACCACCCUCAUGGUGCAGCCCGAGGAUGGACACGCAGGGCCUGCCUUCCCACGGGGGACAAACCAGCGCUGCCGGCACCUCGAGUUCAUCGGGAAGACUCUGCUGAUGCUGUGAGAGGAAGUGUCAUGGCCGAGCCCCCGCAGCCUGUGGAGGUUGAGGAGGGGAAGGAGGCGAGCUGGCACUUGGCCCAGUGGACUCAUUGGUCGCAGCUGGGCCAUGGUGUUUGCUGCCGGAGGCUUUAAAGUGAAACUUUAUGAUAUUGCACAAGAACAGCUAACAAGUGCACUGGAAAACAUUCGCAAACAAAUGAAAGAGCUGAAGGAGUCGGGAUUCCUGAAAGGAACUUUGAGUGUGGAGCAGCAGUUGUCUCUCAUUAGCGUCUGUGCAGACCUGAAGGCGGCAGUAGAGGGUGCUACUUUCAUUCAGGAAUGUACUCCGGAGAACCUGGAGCUGAAAAAGAAGAUUUUCAGUCAGUUAGAUCUUGUUGUUGGUGACAAUGUUAUCUUGAGCAGCUCGACCUCUUGUCUCUUACCCAGCAAAUUGUUCACUGGCCUUAAGCAUGUUAAGCAGUGUAUUGUGUCACAUCCUGUGAAUCCACCUUACUUUGUGCCGUUGGUUGAAAUUGUUCCUCAUCCAGAAACAGACCCUUCUACUAUAGAGAGAACAUAUGCCCUGAUGAAGAAGAUUGGUCAAUCUCCUGUCAAACUAAACAGAGAAACUGAGGGCUUUGUUCUGAAUCGGCUCCAGUAUGCAGUGAUAAGUGAAGCCUGGAGACUUGUGGGUGAAGGAGUAAUAUCUCCUACUGAUCUAGACCUUGUGAUGUCUGAUGGAUUGGGAAUGCGAUAUGCAUUUAUUGGACCUCUGGAAACCAUGCAUCUUAAUGCAGAAGGUAUUUCAAAUUACUGCAAAAGAUACCGUGAUGGUAUGAGACUUGUUCUGAACACCUUUGGACCAGUUCCAGAAUUUUCAGGUGAAAUUGAGCAGAAAAUCAAUCAGGCAAUGUCUGAAAAAAUUCCAAGUGUUCCAAAAGUCCUGGAUGCCAGGAGAAAAUGGAGAGAUGAAUGUCUCACUGGUCUUGCCAAACUGAAAAAAGAAAUGAAAUCUGACUGAGGUGCACCUUGUCUAACAGGAGAGACCAAAUGAAGACCAGAUCUUCAUAAAAAGUGGAAAUUGUUGGUGAUGCGGACGAGGAGACUGAACGUGCAACCAAUGAGAUGCACAAAUGUAGAGACCAAUGAAACAUUUGGUCCAAAUUUGUCUUGACGUAAUUCAUGAAUAACUGGAAACAGUUAUUAAAAAGCAGUUAAAAUUUAUCAAAUUAUUAUAUAUAUGCAUUAGAUGUGUAAGCACUAAGUAGCUUUAGCAAUAUCAAUAUUGUGCAAUGCUGGAACAUAAUCAUGUUUUAAAUAAUGCAUUUUUCAGCUUGCUUAGGAAUUCAGCGCUUGAACAAUAUUUGCUUAUGCAGGGAUCUGAAAUAGGCAAACAUCAGCUGUUUGUCACUGGAGAAAAUAAGCCCUCACCCGCCAAUCACUGUGACAGCGAAGUUAAUUUGUAAAGCACUGACGGUAGAUAGCAGAAGGCUGUGUUGAGCAAAGAGUAGAUUCACUGGCUGGUGAGCUGAGACCUCAACAGCAGUAAGGGUCACUUAAAUUUAGCUCUGUAACUGUUCCACAGUGUAGGGGAAAGAAUUACUCUUCCUUUCCCUCUGUUUGGCACUUAUGUAGCUGUAGGGUGAUGUUAGUUUGAGUAAAUAAAGCAGAAUUCCCCCGUCAUCCCCUGCCCCUGCUUCUGUAAGACUUAGCAGAUACCUGCUUGGUCUUUAAGACCACGCCCUUGAUACCCCAUGGCUUUGCCCCCAGCAUAAGUCAGAUGUCUGGUGCUGGCCGUUGGUAUUGCUGCAUAAAUAUGUGCACCAUUUUAAGACUUGUCUAUGAGAGAGACCUGGAUAAGACAUGGACCUGUUGGAGUGGGUCCAGAGGAGGGCCAUGAAGAUGAUCAGAGAGCUGGAGCAUCUCUCCUAUGAAGACAGACUGAGAGAGUUGGGGUUGUCCAGCCUGGAGAAGAGAAGGCUCUGAGGAGACCUUAUGGCAGCUUUCCAGUACUGAAAGGGGACCUACAGGAAAGAUGGGGAGGGACUCUUUAUCGGGGAGUGUAAUGAUAGGACAAGAGUGGAAAUUUAGAUUAGAUAUCAGGAAGAGAUUCUUUACUGUGAGGGUGUUGAGACACUGGAACAGGUUGCCCAGAGAAGCUGUGGAUGCCCCAUCCCUGGAAGUGUUCAAGGCCAGGCUGGAUGGGGCUUUGAGCAGCCUGGUCUAGUGGGAGGUGUCCCUGCCCAUGGCAGGGGGUUGGAACUAGAUGAUCUUAAAGGUCCCUUCCAACCCAAGCCAUUCUAUGAUUCUAUGAUUUUGAUUUAAUAGCUAGUUUGGGAGACAGUAUGGUGUAGUGGAUUGGUCUGGACUUUCUCCCAGCCUACUUCAUGACUACUCCUAGGCUGCUCCAGUUUACCUCUCUGUUGCCAUGCCUAUUUUGUACAUUAUCUGAAGCAAGGAGUGCUUCUUUAGGACUCAGCUGUACUGAAUUUAACAGCUGUAGUUAAAGGGACCCCAGGUAUCUGGUGUUUUGCUCCCCCACAGAGGGAAAGAUGCGUGGAUUAGAUGUAGCAUUUAUGCUUUAAUGCUGCCCUUCCUACAGGAGACACAGCAUCUCCUCCGUAUGCAGGGACGCAGUAUACACCUGGAAGCAGUGAUAUCCUCAGUGGCUGCUGUGGCGUGUUUUGGUCCACAGCAAAGUGCUAUUAUGAAUGUAUGCACCCUGUAAUAUAGUUGGACUUUGAUCUUAGCUGGACCCUUGGGGCAGUAUUGGUAGGCAGACAGUAAGAAUAACUUGAAACAGUGCAUUGCACCCACACUGCUUGAGUUAAGCGUUUCUAAAUUUGUGCUAACUGGUCAUGUAGCUUCAGUCGCAGCACAGACGCAGAAGUGUUAAGCUCUCAUUUUGCUAAUGCUCAGCUCAGGGGCAUUUCAACUCUUGUUUUUUUACGGAGGGUGCAGCACACAAACAAGUUACAGAAACUUAAUUAGUUGCCAUUUUGAGCUGAACAGCAGAUAUGUCUGCCUGAACAUACCAGUAUCACUUAUUUCUGCUUUGGUCACAGUAAAAGAGACCUGGGAUAAAUUGUAUCGCUUGACGUAAGUGGUGGGCCAAGAACACAUCUCUGGAUGUGAAACAUGGGGUGGGAGGCGCAAUGCUGAGGUUGUCCUGUGCUCCUUUAUAAUCAAUGAAGAGGAAGGAAAAUUUGUAAGCUCAAUUUAUUUUAUCCCGAUAUAGACUUAAAAUUUUCAGGUUUCUUCUAUUGCUUUUUAUUGCCACAGCAACUGGCUCAACCUGCAUUUAGAUAUCUGCAGUUGGGGAGGUCAAUCCUUAUUCCCAAUGCCUUAUUAACCAAUAGAAGAUUAAUUAUGGGGCUGAUUUCCUAAUUUUAUAUACGUUUUUGUAUUUCAGACAAGGCCACAGAAGGUUCCAAUUACUUUCAAGAUUAGUCCUGUUUUUCUAUUGAGCAUAUGACAUUGUCAUAACUAAUUAGCUCACAUCGCUUCUGUUUAUUCUAUUUUAAAACUCGAUAAUGUCAUCAAUUAUUUGCUUCCAUCUUUAUUAUUUACUUAUGAAUAAAAUAUAUUAAUGAAGAAGAUGUGAAUUUCUGUGCUCCGGUGUGGUAGUCUAGUGGUAGCACUACAUAAUAUGUCUUUAGAAAGCAGUGCCCUGGUAGAAUAAUUUGUAGAAAUCAGUGGGAGUAAAUAGACAAGAAAUAAUGUGUACUGUCCUGUAAUUCAUGUGUUGGUGACCAGUUGCUGCAGACGUUGGGCCCUGCAGUGAGGGAAUAGUUUUGUGUUGGGGGGAAGAGCGCUCUGGAGAGGGCCAGAGCACGUCUGUGCAGCGAGCGGCUCCUCCACAGGGUCUGCCAUACAGCAAAGCUCACCUGGGAGCACCAGUUCCCAACCCAGGCUCACAGCUACAAGUUGGGGGGGGGGGGGUGAUGCCUGACAGAAAAUGUACUUUAGUUGACAUUUGUUUAGGAUUUGAAGCACACAAAAUCAUGAGUUGGUAAAUACAACAACAACUGGAAAGCAUUAGGAAAAGGUAGCUAAAGGAAUGAGAUGGGCUGUCCUCAUCCCAGGGACCUGUACCCCGUUCACAAUGAAUUCCCUUUACUUGUCAGUUUUCAGACUGUGUCUGAAUCCUGUGCCAAGUUUGGGGGUCCCUGUUACAAGACAGGCAUUGGACAAGUGUUUGGGGAGGCCCCUGAGAUGGUGGGGCUGGAGCGCUGGUCCUGCAAGGAGGGGCUGUGGAAGCUGGGCUUGUGCAGCCUGGAGCAGAGACAGCUUCAGGAGGACCUACCAGCAGCCCCCAGUGCCUGCAGAGAGGUCAUCAAGGAGACAGAGACAGGCUCUCCAAAGUGGGGCCAGGUGGGAAGGCAGCGAUGAUGGACGUAAGUUGAAACACAAGUGUUUCACCGUGAUGUAAGGAGACAGUUUUUCCCCCAUGAGUUCAGUGAGGCAGAGGCACAGGUUGUCCACAGUGGUGCAGUCUCCAUCCUCAGAGGUUUUCAGCUCCUGACUGGAUGAAGCCCUGAGCAGCCCCAUCUGACCUCAGAGCUAAGCCUGCCAUGAGCAGGAGGUUGGAGCAGAGACCUCCUGAGCUCCCUCUCAGCCUGCGUUAAUCUCAUUCCAAGUUUUGUUUCAUUUUGGCUGACGUUGUAUCAGAAAUAUUGCUCUGGUUUAAGUAAAUUAACUCUAGAGAAUAUGUAUAGAUUACUUCAAAUUGUCACAUACGUUGAGGACUUCUUAACCUAAAUCGUAACUGAAAUUUAGGAUGGUGUGAAUGGAUGUAAAUAAAUCUGCAUUCAGGUUUUUCCAUGCAUUUUCCUGGGUGGAUUAAUGUAAUAUCGCCAAGUUGUCACAAAUUUUCACAUAUAAAGAAUUCCUUACAAAAAAGUCUGAGCCACCAAAAAUCCCAUGUUGUUGGUCCCCAGGGGUGGCCCCUCCUGGUGAUGGACAUGUGCUUCAUUCACCUUGUUCAGCAUCUCCACUGCUGGGGGCUGCUGCAGGAGCAGGGUUUACCAGGAGGGGAGGGUUCCCCCCUCUCUCUCUUCCUUUUUGCUUUUUUCCUUUACCACCUUCUUGGUUCUCUGCUUCCCAUAAUAGUCCAUCACUAACUUCUUACAGGGUAUUUAGCUGACAAUUUGGACAGAAUAGAUUUGCUAAUUGGACGGUGAAUAAUCCCUUCAGGGGAGCAACCUGUCAGAGUUGAGCUGCUUGUAAGAUACAAAUACCAAUUCUAUUGAAUUAAUUGGUUUAAUUCUUUUCUUCAAAUUUGUCUUACUCCUUUUAUCCCAUUGCUUUUUUCCUCAUAUGCAGUAAAUUUCUUGGGAUAGAUUGCACCUGGUAUCUUAUGAGGACUCUUUUAGAAUUAACACCAGCAGUCCUACAAAGUUGCAGAACUAACGCAGAUACGGUCAAAUAUUUGAUUGUCAGCAGAAGCAGCGAUAGUUGC